AUGCGUACGGUGGGCGAUGACUGCGGGCUGCAGCCGGUCACCGUGGCGAUGGCGUUUGUGUACUUUGAGAAGCUGGUCCUCCAGGGGCGACUCAACAAACACAACAGGAAGUUGGUGUCCGCCGCCUGCGUGCUCCUCGCCGCUAAGAUCAGCAGCGACCUCAAGAAGCAGGACGUCAUGCAGCUCAUAGAUGUAUGUAUAGUAUUACUAUCCCCUUUAUGUGUAUAUGGUGUUUUUAUUGUGGAAUCUUUGUUUUGUUUAUGAUGGCUGGUUCUUGGACCAACAUUAACCCUACUCCUUGACUAAACUAAGAAUCUCCAUUCAGGGUGCUUUUUAAUCCCAAGAAUAGGCCUAUUCUGGGAAACAUUUUCCAUUUGAGAAUAGUCAUGUUGCUCCUUUGUAUAGGGUUUCCUUUGUUACCUGAGGCUGUUGCCCUCUGACCCCCAUGGCCUCUCUGACCCCCAUGGCCCUCUGACCCCCAUGGCCCUCUGACCCCCAUGGCCCUCUGACCCCCAUGGCCCUCUGACCCCCAUGGCCCUCUGACCCCCAUGGCCUCGCUGACCCCCAUGGCCUUCUGACCCCCAUGGCCCUCUGACCCCCAUGGCCCUCUGACCCCCAUGGCCUCUCUGACCCCCAUGGCCCUCUGACCCCCAUGGCCCUCUGACCCCCAUGGCCUCGCUGACCCCCAUGGCCCUCUGACCCCCAUGGCCUCGCUGACCCCCAUGGCCCUCUGACCCCCAUGGCCCUCUGACCCCCAUGGCCUCUCUGACCCCCAUGGCCCUCUGACCCCCAUGGCCUCUCUGACCCCCAUGGCCCUCUGACCCCCAUGGCCCUCUGACCCCCAUGGCCUUCUGACCCCCAUGGCCCUCUGACCUAUGUGGCUCUGGCCAAAAGUAGUGCACUGUGUACUAGGGAAUAGGGUACCAUGUUGGAUGUGACCUAGCUCUUUUUUAAUAGCCCUUAACCUCAUCCACUUUUUUUCUCUCUCUCUCUCUCUCUCUCUCUCUCUCUCUCUCUCUCUCUCUCUCUCUCUCUCUCUCUCUCUCUCUCUCUCUCUCUCUCUCUCUCUCUCUCUCUCUCUCUCUCUCUCUCUCUCUCCUCUCUCCCUUCUCGCUCCUCUCUUCUUCCUCCUCUCCCUCCUCUCUCCCUUCUCGCUCCUCUCUCUUCUCUCUCUUCCGGGCGGCAGGUAGCUUAGUGGUUAAGAGCGUUGUGCCAGUAACCGAAAGGUCGCUGGUUCUAAUCCCCGAGCCGACUAGGUGAAAAAUCUGUCGAUGUGCCCUGGAUAAGAGCGUCUGCUAAAUGACUAAAAUGUAAAUGUUCUCUCUCUCUCUCUCUCCUCUCUCCCUCGUCUCUCUCCCUCCUAUCCUCUCUCUCUCUUCUCUCUCUUCUGCUACACCUGCUGCAGAAACUGGAGGAGCGUUUCCGUAUCAGUCGGCGAGAGUUGAUCCCGUUUGAGUUCACCAUCCUGGUUGCCCUGGAGAUGGCUCUGUACCUGCCUGAGAGCACCAUCAUGCCACACUACCGACGCCUGGUACAGCAGAACUAG